AGGGAAAAAACAAAACAAAAUAUUUUUGUAUAUUAAACACACUAUUAACUAUUUAAAGUCAAUUAGUAUUUAGGGUCGUUUUAAAAUGUUACACUUCAGAACACAAGCUGCUCUAUUAUCUCAGGUAAGUGAGUGAUGGAGACUCGGGAGAUGAAGGUCACGCCACAUGUUGCCUUUAACUGCUGCACUGAGCCCAACCUGGGGGCAGAACCACAGCUAAUUAUUUGAAGGAGGGAGCUUAUUGAAGCCUUCCUCCUCGUCUUUGCCAUUAAUCUCACCUCAUUUGUUACUGUAAGUUGGUGUGGAGGACCCUGCUGAAGACGAGCGGACGUCUCAUUCCAGGAGCCCAGUGGUUGCAGUCGGUCUUGUGGCUGGCUGACUUUAGAGGGAAAGGGGUAGGAUGUCUAACAACAUGGCCAAGAUUGCAGAUGCUCGAAAAACAGUGGAGCAAUUGAAACUGGAGGUCAACAUAGAGAGGAUGAUGGUAUCCAAAGCAGCGGCCGAACUGAUGGCCUACUGUGAAUCUCAUGCCAAAGAGGACCCCCUGGUGACUCCAGUGCCUUCCUCUGAGAACCCAUUUAGAGAGAAGAAAUUAUUCUGUGUAAUAUUAUAAUGCUUGCAAGUGCACUACAAACAUCUAUUAGCAUCUGUAGCUAUUUGAAUGUGUGAAUUCAGUGUCAAAUUUAAUGACAAACACAAUGAGACAACCCUUUUUUACAAUAUUCAGUUUUGUAUUUAAAGUAGCUCUUUGGUGACUAAUUUUCCCUGUGGAAUCAUCACAUGAACAUGAUAAUGAUGGCAAUAAAGAUUUAUUGA